UCGCUGGUCUUCAUUUCCUCCAACGCCCGCCGGUUUGCAUCCACCUCCUUCUUCCUUCCUUAACUUCCAACCACUACCUGCGACAUUCCCUCUGCGAUUUCUUCACUUCAGAAUCCACUCUCUUGCAACACGAUCUCCCUGCUUCGCUCAUCACCAGCAACAAAAUGGAUCGCAUCAAGGAGAAAAUGAACCAGCUCCGUCUGGACGCCGAGGAGGCCGCGACCAAGGUCGACGAGCUCCAGAGCAAAGUCAAGACGCUCGAGCAGGAGAACCUCCAGAAGGAGCAGGAGAUUGUCUCCCUUACGCACAAGAACAGCGUGCUUGAGACGGAGGUAGAGAAAUCCGAGGCGCAAGUCAAGGAGCUCAAGGCCGCGGCCAGCGAAGGCCAGCAGCACGGUACCCAGAACGAAACGCUGACUCGAAGGCUCCAACUUCUCGAGGAAGAGGCCGAGGAAGCAGACAGGACUUUGCGCGAGGCCAACGAGAAGCUGCGGCAGACCGACGUCAAGGCUGGACACUUCGAGCGGAAAGUCCAGGCCCUCGAGCAGGAGCGCGACCAGUGGGAGUCCAAGUACGAGGAUAUGUCCAAGAAGUACACCGCCGUGCAGAAGGAACUGGAGGAUUUCCAAAACGAGAUCAGCACCAUCUAAGGCUAGCGCGAUUUGGUCGGAGGGAGGGUUUCGUUGGGUCCAGCUGGUUAUCACGGCUUCCGGUUCCUUCCAUGUGGCAGGUCACAUCGAUGAGCGAGGGUUUGAGGUGGACGGGUCAUUAGCACUGACUCGAGUACUUACAUUCUGCGACAAUUCAAACACAUACACCCCUUUCUCAACUUUGAUCAUGCGA